AUGGAAUCAGACUCCCCCAAGAAGAAGCCUCGAGUGGGAGACGACCCACCCAAUGGACAAGCAGACGCACCCAACGACCCAAAAACAACACCCCAGAACGAACCCUCCAAGAAGAGCAAGAGAAAGAAAGAUCCCGAAGUAAUGGCAGCUCGCAAAAAGAUUCAAAUGUGUUGUAAAUCCAAUGAUUUGGCCACCGCCUUGGAAGUGUACCGUGACGCCUUGACCAAGAACAUUAAGAUUGAAGCACAGAGCUUUUACAGUUUGCUUAAUCUCUGCGAUGGCUUGGAACGCAAUCGGAUCCAUAUUGGAACUCCCAAGCAAUAUGGAACUCCCACGACAACAAACACGGUGGAAGCGAAUGGCAUGGAGGCAGACAACAGCAAGGUGGAGGAUACUACCGAAGAACCAGCCACAACGACGACCAACAGCACGGAAACAACAGCAACCACAAAACAUGUUGAUUUGGAGACUCGUCAAAAGGCGGCCUUUGAAAUCAAGGAACAAAUGGAUGAACAAAAAAUCCCUCUGAAUGAAACAGCCUACUCUGCCUUGGUCAAACUAUUGUCCAAAGCCAAACAGUUUGAAAAGGCCAAUGCUUAUCGGAAAGCCGAAGGAACCAACAGUCGAGAGUUGGUCUUGACGGAAAGAGAAUACGCCGCACUCUUUGACUGUUGUGCCACCGUCGGCGAUGCCAUUGUCAUGCAAAAGGUCUUGACGGAUCUGUCCGAAGAUGUGUUGGUGCCAUCACGGGAGACGUGUCGGGCCAUUGUGAAUUGGUUUGAAUCGCCCUUUUCUUCUUCUUCUUCCACUACUGACGACGACAAGACGACAACAUCCCAAGCCAUUCUCGACAAGAUUGUGCUGCCGCCGUCCUUGCAGACCUACCAGACAGAGCCCAUUGGUCCCGUUACGACUGUCAGUGCUGGGGACGCUACCCAAAAAUGGCAAGUGAGCCACGGAUGUGGCAUCAAUACACAAACGGGCACUCUGGAAGAUGGAUGUUUAAAGGGAGAACAGCUGCAACAGGUUAAACUCUCCACCGUGGCUUGGCAGACAAUGGUGGAAAUGAACGAGAAAAUUGUGGUCAGUGGAAAACUCGACCAGGACACGUCGCAAUUCCAAGGAGGCAAAAAGGGGCGCAAGCGGACACUGGGUGAUCGGGAUCAGGAAGACCGCAAGCGCAUGUGGCAAGACUUUCAAAACUAUCUAGAACGAGAAAAGCAACAACGACCAAAAAGCGCUUCGACUACCUUUGAUGUCGUCAUUGAUGGCGCCAAUGUGGGAUACUUUCAAACCAAC